AUGCUGGCAUUCGUCGCAGCUGCCGCGUUCGGCCUGCUGGUGGCAGCCCCACCUCGCGCCGCACCAUCGCGCACCACCGUGCCGCGCUGCAUCGAGGUCGCCGCUGCCGACGCCCUGAGCCAGAGCCCCGCCCUCCUCGCGACUGCCGGCACCGCCGUCGCCGCGAUUGGCGGCAUUCUGAUAAACAACCAGCAAAAGAAGAAGCCGGCCGCCGCCGUGCCCAAACCCGCCGCCGCGGAAGUGGCCGAGGUGGCUCCUCCCGCGCCGAAGCCGUCGACGACGACGGCGUACCGUGGCAAGGUGACUGUCGGCUUCCACCGCGGCGCCGGCCGGAUGCCGCCCACGCCCGCCCGCGAGCAGUGGGAGCCGCCGCCGGGCUGGGCGCCGCCCUCGAAGCCAGUCACCAGCUGGUACGACCGCGGCGACCGGCUGGCGAUCAGCGCGCCGCCGCCUGAGGCUGCGGCCGCGCCGGCGGCCUCGCCCAACCUGCUUGAGCAGUUUGUAGCCCUGUUCAGCGGCGUGUCCGCCUCUGCCUCCGCCUCCGCGGCGCCCCGCGCCAGCGCCUACAAGGGCAAGGUGACUGUCGGCUUCCACCGCGGCGCCGGCCGGAUGCCGCCCACGCCCGCCCGCGAGCAGUGGGAGCCGCCGCCGGGCUGGGCGCCGCCCUCCGUUGCCAGGCCGCCCGCCGUCGCCUCGUGGUACGACAGCGGCGCGCGGCUGUGA